CCCAUGACGGGGUACGGAUUCUCAUACCCACACCCGCCUACUACUUGCCAAAGUUAUAUCCAUCCCCGCCCCAACUGGGGCGGGUGCGGUGCGGUAUCCACAAAUUUAUACCUACCUGCCAUGAUGUGCCAUCCCUACACGAUCCUGUGUUUGACAAGGGUACGCAAGUCCAAGAAACAUAGGCUAAAUGCCUGAAAUACUGUCUGUAAUCUAACAGAACUUUUUUAAGAGUGUUACUUUUAUCCUUUAAUCAUAGUACAAUCAAAAUAUUCUCAGAUUAUGACCUCAAGUACGUUUGUGGAACCCUCGAAUGUUUGACAUGGGUAUGGAUACUUGGACACGAUCCUGUGUUUGACAAGGAUACGCGUGUCCAAGAAACAUGUGCUGUAAGCCUGAAACACUGUCUGAAAUCUAACAGAACCAUUUUAAGAGUGUUGUUUUGAUCCUUUAAUCAUAGUAAUCAAAAUGUUUGUCUGACAUCAUUAGAUGCUGACAUACUGUUAUGAUUCUCCAAUAAUUAAGUUGCUAAUUACUUAAUUAGUGAACUAAACUAAGAAAAAUAAGUUAUUAACUGAUUUCUGCAGUCAAAUUUUGUUUUCCUUUUUCGUGUUUUUUCUAACUAAGCCGAAGUGUGUAAGGCAUCCUAAGAAAAGAGUAAGUUUUCAGUGGUCCAAGAGCUAAUAAGGGAAAUUACUCUGCUGUAAAAGCCACCCUUUAUUAAAUAGGUAUUUCAGAAAAAAAAAAUGAUUAUAACAAUGGCUAUUUGUUUUGCUUUGUUUGUUUACUAAUAUAAUACAAAAAAAAAUGUAGAAAAACAUGAUUAUCUUUGUGCUAAAUGACAACCUAAGAUACAAUAAUCCCAUUACCACUUUUUUCUCCUUUAAAAAUACAGAAGUUUGGGCGGCUAUAAGUCAUCUUUUUGCUUCAUAUUCCAAGCAAGAAGUUUGCUGUCCUUUACUUUUUCCUCAUCAUUGAUAUUUCCUUCUUGUUAUUGUUCUUGAAGAAAUUGCGAAAAUGGGGUUUAAGCCUUCGCAGAAGCCAACGAAGAAGCACAAGAAAGGGUUAUGGUCACCUGAAGAAGAUCAAAGACUCAAAGACUAUAUAAUUCAGCAUGGCAUUGGUUGCUGGAGUUCUGUUCCUCUCAAUGCUGGGUUGCAGAGGAAUGGAAAAAGCUGCAGAUUAAGAUGGAUUAAUUACUUAAGACCGGGAUUAAAACGAGGCAUGUUUAGUUCUCAAGAAGAAGAAAUGAUUCUGACCCUUCACCAAACCUUAGGGAACAAAUGGUCUCUAAUAGCAAAGCACUUACCCGGAAGAACAGACAACGAGAUUAAAAACUACUGGCACUCUUACCUGAAGAAAAGAUCAGAGAAAUCUGAAGACAACAAACUCGCAAUAAACAUCUCAAACACAGAAGAAAUCGAUUCUUUCAUGAAUCAAACAACCAAAACUUCAAAGAUCGAACUUGAUUUCCAUGAAAGAACAGAAGCAGAACAAGUACAAGAACAAGAACACGAAAGUAUCUUACCUAGGCUCGUAUUUGCAGAUUGGCUUCCAAAUAAUUACAGUGGAAUGCAGAAUAACAGUCUGUGUUUUACAGCAGCAGAAAAACAACAGGGUGAUUUUAUGGUUGAUUUUGGGUAUAAUGAAGGCGGUUCAUCUUCGAGUAUUGACAAGUUUUCCCAGGAAAUAGUAGGAGAUGUUGUUAUGCAGAAGAGUAUGCUGGAUUUGCCAUUAGGAAGUAGUAAUAAUUUCAUGGAUUUUUCAGCUGUGGAUGGGGUUUAUAGUAGUGGGUUUUUCAUGUCAAAUAGUGGGAUUUAUUCUUAAUGCAUGUUUAAGGAGGUUAACAAAGGAUUAUUCUAUGUACAAAAGGGAUACUCAUUUUAGUGUUUUCUUGUUAAUUUCAGAGUUUAAAAGAGUGAUUUGUGUGACUUAAUGAUGUGAUUAAUCUGUGAAAGACUAAACACAAGCGCGGAAUUUAACUUUAGA